AUGGCCGUUUCGAUACAGGACCGCACCGAUGAGUUCCGCUCCAUCCUCGCACAGGCCCAGCGCAAGCAGGCGCAAUCGAAGACAAGCGCGCAGAGGCAGUCGCUCCUGACCGCACAGGAGAAGUCACAGGCGAAUGGCUCGCCGCAGCGCCAGCGCUCCGAAUUUGCGCGCACCGCGGCUGAGGUAGCGCGGGGUGUCUCUAGCACAAUGCAGAAGUUGGAGAGACUUUCGCAGCUGGCAAAGCGCAAGACGCUGUUCGACGACCGGCCGGUCGAGUUCGACGAGCUCACCUUUGUCAUAAAGCAGGACAUGUCAGCGCUAUCAGGCCAAGUGCAGUCGCUACAAUCCAUGAACUCGAAGCAGCACCCGAAAGUAAAACCCGGCGCCGAUCAGGAAGGAGAGCACAACAGCAAUGUAGUGCUACUACUGAAGGACAAGCUGCAGAAUGUGGGAACAAACUUCAAGGACGUAUUGGAGGUUCGCACAAAGAACAUGCAAGCAUCGCGAUCUCGGACAGAGCAGUUCCUCUCCACCGCCGCUUCACAGUCCCACAGCAGCCUCGACCCGGGCCGCACCGAUUCCCCGCUUUACCAGACGCCGUCGCGAAGCCGUUCGCCGGGUGGGUUCAGGAAUACAAAUGCCGCGCAACAAGAUCUCCUCUCGCUAGAGCCAUCUGGUUCAUCAGCCCUUACACGGGGUGGCAUGCAAUCGGAUGCGCAGCUGCUGCUCAUGGAAGAGGCGCAGCCGCAAAACACGUACAUCCAGGAGCGAGGGCGCGCGAUCGAAUCAAUCGAGUCUACGAUUCAAGAACUCGGCGGCAUCUUCAGCCAGCUUGCACAAAUGGUGUCUGAGCAAGGCGAGCAGAUCCAGCGAAUAGAUGCCAACACUGAGGACGUCGUGGACAAUGUCGAGGGCGCCCAACGCGAGCUGAUGAAGUACUGGAGCCGUGUGCAGGGCAAUCGAUGGCUCGUCGCGAAGAUGUUCGGCGUGUUAAUGAUAUUCUUUCUCCUUUGGGUACUCAUCUCUGGUUAG